AUGGGAGCUUUCGGGAAGCUAGUCGAUGCGCUCCUCUUCUUAUUCUUCGCUCUAAUGGUCGUUAUCCCUCCCCUCUUCGACGCACAAACUGUUCUUCCCAAACAUAUCUUCCCGGCGAUUCUCACCGAUCUGAACAGCAACUACAUCGCCGAGUUCGAUGAUUACUUGCUCAUGGAGAAGCCACAUUUCCUCGUCGGACUCAUCUGGCACGAGCUUAUCUUCCUUUGGCCGCUCUCGAUCGCCAACGUCUACGCGAUUCUCUCCGGAAAGUCGUGGUUUGGUACCACGUGCUUGCUCUACGGAGCUUCUAUUGUUACUUCCAUGGCUGCAGUCUUGGGAGAGAUGAUAGGUUCGGGGAAGGCAUCUGAGAGAUUGUUAAUGCUGUAUGCGCCUUUCAUGGGUAUUGGGAUACUGGCUAGUCUUCGUGGUUUAGUCUCUCGUUCUACCAAGAGCACCGGAUCUGUUGAGAAGAGAUCUACUAUUAAGCCAAGGAGGAAGCUGGCUUAG